UAUCUAUCUCUCUCUGUCAUUGUUUUGCUGCACAAGUUUGGCCGUCAGCACCGUCAUCGUCGCCGUGUAAUGGCGACGGGAUGGGUCAAGUCCCUGCAUUGCAAGUCUAACGCCGUGGAAGACGUCGUCUAUCCGCCGACGCCGUCGUCCAAGAAGCCGCUGCUCUCCACCGUCUCUUGCAGCAACUCCUCUCACGCUGUUAAGGACGUCGUCUUCCUCUUCCCCAAGCAACCCCGCUCCUCCUCCUCCUCCUAUGCGCUGAACAAGAAGCCACUGCCCGAGACGACGCAGAACCACAAUCGCAAGCAGAGGCCCGCAAGAGCGUCUCCGUCGACGCCGGCGCACGGGCUCGUGCGGCCCGUCCACGCGGACCCGUUCCCGACGAUGGAGGAGCUGCCGAAGGGCCACUCCUCGCGGCGGGUGGUGGAGAUCAUCUUCAGCUCGAGCUGGUCCGCUUCCGCCGGGGGCGCGUUCCCGGGCGAGAUCGAGAUGCUCUUCCGGGUCGACAACCCGGCCUGGACGCUAGCCCGGUUCGAGGAGCACCGCGCGGCGGUCCGCGGUCGGGCCGUCGAUGGCGCCCGCUGCGCCGCGGACGGGAACGAGGUGUUGAGGUUCCACCUCGGGCGCGGCGCCGGCGGCGUGUACGACGCCGGGGUGGCGCGUGACGUGGUGCGGUCGUCGGCCGGGGGGAAGGCGAAGGGGGUCCGAACCUUCGCGGGGAGCGGCGGCGCGCACGCGAGUGGCGACGGCGGGGACGGUCGGAAGGGGAUGUUGGUGUGCCGGGUCAUCGCGGGCCGCGUCAGGGGCGAGUCGGACCACACCGAGUCGGACGCCGACUCGGUGAGCCUGGGCAACGGGGAGCUCGUAGUAUUCGAUCCCAGAGCGGUCCUCCCCUGCUUCCUUAUCAUCUACAAGCUCUAAACUCAACCCUCAACAAUGGCUUUCUCCCUUUCGUCUUCAAAGAUGUCUUCUUUUCUGGUGGUCAUCCUCCAACUCGGCUUACCGACCCGGCGAUGCCAAUGACUGUGGGGAGACGGUCUGAUCGUGUAAAAAUCCCUCUUUUUGGCACAGGUAUAGAAUUUUUGUCUGUUCUUGGUGUGCUUGAGUGUGACUGAGGCAUAUUGUCUGUGUUACAAGAAACCUGCAUCUUGUGAUGUUAGAUCUACUUGGGCAAAUGGUAGGACCAGUGUUCUCGACUUGCUAAGGGGAGCAAGAAUCCGCGAAGGUGAAGGAUCUGAGGUCCACUGCUCUGAUGAGAUUUGUCGAGUAUAGUGCAGCAUAUCGGUAACUUGAGAUUUUGUUGGAUCUUCUCAAUAUGUAUCAUGUGGUCAAUUCUAUAUUUAUGUGAGAU